UCAUUCAAUAAAGUAAUAAACUUUUCUUCAAAUAUUUCUCCUUCUUUUUCAAUUUUUAACAUGGUAUCAAAGCUAUAAGCUCCUGGUUCUUCUUUUAUUACUGUUUGGUUAUUGAGUUGGAUUUUCAGAUUUAUUCCAGAUCUGAAACUUUGUCGUCGGGUUCUCUUCUCCUACAGAUUGGAUUGUUUAUUCUCAAUUCUCACACCUUUAUUGAGGUAUCUUAUUGAGUUGUAAUUUCGAUCUUGGCAUAUAUUUCUUCAUACUUUUAGAGACUUUUUCAGUAUUUUGAAUUCUACUGAUUCUAUGGCGAGUUUUGAAAGAACUGUGACUCAUCUUGCUACUGCAAUGGCUGCCAAAGAGAUGAUAGACCAACCCAUUGUCAACCCUGAAUCUUUAAAACAGGAUCCAUUGACGGGCCAAUUUUUUGGAAUUGGUCGCAAGGUGGAGCGUCUGUUUGAGCUCAUUUAUCUGUAUAUACCUAACCAUAAAAUGGAUACACCAUCAUUUCCAAAUGACCAAUUCAUCCAAACCCUACUUUGUGCUGCUGAAUUAGAUUCUUUGCAAAUACCAUAUCAACAAAUCUUCCAAGCCUGUGUUGCUACUAAUAUUUCUCCUCUUCACUCAUGGCACUCAUGGAUCAGACACACCUCAGUCGAUAAACUCCGUCCUCUUAUUUCUUGUGGUUUAUUAGGAUCUGUUCCGAAUGAAUCUUUGCAUUAACGAUUUUGGGGUGAAACUGCUCUUACAGCUGUUUAUCUCAUUAAUCGGAUUCCAUCAUCGAUCAUCAAUAAUAGGUCUCCAUACGAAUGUUUACAUGGUAUUCCUCCUGCCUAUGAUCUUCUUAAGCUCCAUGAUGCCUCUCCACAUGCUCCACCUAGUUCUAUCGAAGAUGUUCUGCCUGCUACUGGUAAUGUAUUAGACAAUGCUGAGUCUUCUUCCCUUAUCGCUUCUGUAUCAACUAUUGGAUCUAACCCUGUUGAUCUUGAGCUUGAAAAUGAGAUCCUUAAUCCACCUUCUAAACAUCCUACUCGGCAAGCUAUGCAAGAUGAAUCACAAGCUCUUGACAAAACUUGUACAUGGGAUUUGGUUGAUCUUCCUGCUGGAAAGCCUCUAGUAGGUUGUAAAUGGGUAUACAAGAUCAAAACUCGAUCUAAUGGUUCCGUGGAGCGUUACAAGGCUCGUUUGGUUGCUAAAGGAUUUACUCAGGAAUAUGGGAUUGAUUAUAAGGAAACCUUUGCACCUGUUGCUCGUCCUACUUCAAUUCGUAGUUUGAUUGUUAUUGCUGCUACAAAAAGAUGGAAAUUGUUUCAAACGGAUGUGAAGAAUGCCUUUCUAAAUGGUGAUCUUGUAGAGGAAGUUUACAUGAAACCACCUCUUAGACUUGAGCAUCCUCCAAACAAAGUUUGCCGAUUGAAACAAGUUCUAUAUGUUGAGAAGAAAGAUCUUGGUGUUUUGAGCUAUUUCUUGGGCCUUGAGGUCACCUCUUCUGAUGAUGGUUAUCUUCUCUCUCAAACAAAAUAUGCUUUUGAUCUUAUAUCUAAAGCUGGAGUCACUGAUAGUAAGACUACAUCUACUCCUCUUGAGCCCAAUGUUCGACUUACAUCCAUGGAUGGUUCUCCAUUAGCUAACCCUACUCACUACAGACAGUUGGUUGGAAGUUUGCUUUAUCUCACUACAACACGACCAAACAUAGCUUAUGCAGCUCAUGUUGUUAGUCAAUUUAUGGCUACGUCUCGCUCCACUCACUAUGCAGCAGUACUUCGCAUUAUUCGGUAUAUUAAGGGUACCAUGUUUCAUGGACUUCACUUUUCUGCUCAUUCAUCUCUUGAACUUCGUCCUUACUCUAAUGUUGAUUGGGUUGGAGACUCUAAUGAUCGUAAAUCCAUCACUGAAUAUUUUCUUUUCCUUAGUGAUUUCUUAAUCUCUUGGUGUAGUAAGAAGCAAACAGUUCCAUCACGUUCUAGCAUAGAGGCUAAAUAUCAAGCACUUGGAGACACCACAUUAAAGUUACUUAAUUUACAUUGGCUACUAGAAGAUAUGGGUGUUUCUCAACCGCCUGCUACUAAUCUUUAUUGUGACAAUUAGAGUGCCAUAUAGAUUGCUCAUAAUGAUGUCUUCCAUGAACGCACUAAACACAUUGAGGUUGAUUGUCACUUUGUUCGCCAUCAUGUUACACAAGAAACUAUUCAUUUGGUUUUUAUUGGCUCCGUUGAUCAACCAGCAAGCCUUUUCACUAAGGCUUAUUUUCCUGGAUGCUUUUGUACUCUUCUUUCCAAACUCAAGCUGGUUUCAUCACAACCACCUUGAGUUUGAGGGGAGAUGUUAAGAUGUCAAUACAAUAAUUUAGAUUAU